AUGACGCAGAACAGCGACCACGCCGCCAGCCGCUGCAUGACCGGCAAACCCGAAGCCGCACCAUCUGCUCCAAGUGAAGAAACAUUCAUUCAAAGAUCCACGUCCGAUGCUGACGAACAAAACAAUUGCUCCACGCAAGACAUCUGGCAUCUGCAGUUCAAAGUCACGGCCACAUCGCAGCUCCCAAGUUCAUGGCCCUCGCUUGCUCACGGAACACCACCCAAGAAGCAACGGUGGCCUCUGAGGGAUCCUACAAAUUACCAUCAGCUUCGACAUAAUCCUACAGUAUAUGAACUAAGGAACAACAAUGAAGAACUAUAUGACAGUUUUGCAUCAUUAGAUUUUUUUUCCUUUCGGCAGGCCGGCGGUUACUCCAAGGGCGGCGGUGGCAGCAAGGCCCAUGCGGUAAAAUACGUUCCUCUGCCCCACCACGAACUUCCUGUCCUCAUCUACCAGUCGGAUAGUUCUCCUCCCGUGCACGUUGUUCACACACCUGCGCCUGCUACUAAGGGACCUGCAUAUGCACCACCCCCUAAGGCACCUGCACCCAAACCUACUUACGGACCGCCAAAGGCCCCAGCCCCUACUUAUGGCCCACCUAAGGCCAAGGCUCCAAGACCAUCUUAUGGCCCUCCACCCAAGGCUCCCAGGCCCAGCUAUGGCCCUCCACCAAAGGCACCCAGACCUACAUAUGGCCCUCCACCAAAGGCACCCAGACCCACGUAUGGCCCUCCACCAAAGGCUCCUAGGCCUACUUACGGUGCCCCACCCAAGGCCCCCACAACAUAUGGCCCCCCACCCAAGGCACCAAGCCCUCAGUAUGGUGCUCCUGCAAACACUGGCCCCAUCUACAUAAACGCCCCCCCUGCUCCUGCUCCCGUCCUGGUACCUGCUCCUGAGCCUCAGUACGCUGCUCCUGCUGCCCCGAAACCCUCUUAUGGCGCACCGCCCAAAGCGCCCCCUAAGGCCCCUGCCCCUACAUAUGGUGCCCCGCCCAAGGCCCCUGCCCCUACAUAUGGUGCCCCUCCUAAGGCUCCUGCCCCUACUUACGGUGCCCCGCCCAAGGCCCCUGCCCCUACAUAUGGUGCCCCUCCCAAGGCUCCUCCCAAGGCCCCUCUUCCUUCCUACGGCGCCCCUCCCAAGGCAACAAAGGCUCCAUCAUACGCCCCUCCCCCACCAACCUACGGCCCACCCAAGCCCGCCCCUACCAAGGGAACCCCUGCCCCUCAUAUCAUCUAUGCUGGCCAUCCUCCCAUCCACGUUUACCAGCAGCCUCCCGUUUACCAGGUCACGAAGGCACCCAAGGCUCAGUACGCUGCUCCUGCUGCCCCCAAGCCCAGCUAUGGACCUCCUCCCAAGGCCCCUGCACCCACAUAUGGACCCCCCAAAGCGCCUCCUAAGGCCCCUGCACCUACAUAUGGCGCCCCUCCUAAGGCUCCCCCAAAGGCUCCUAGGCCAAGUUAUGGUGCCCCACCAAGACCAAGCUAUGGCCCACCUCCCAAGGCUCCUACACCUUCUUAUGGCCCUCCUCCCAAGGCUCCUACACCUUCUUAUGGCCCUCCUCCUAAGGCUCCUACACCUUCCUAUGGCCCCCCACCUAAGGCCCCUACACCUUCCUAUGGCCCACCCCCUAAGGCUCCCUCACCUUCUUAUGGGGCACCCAAGGCUCCAAGACCGACUUAUGGCCCCCCUCCCAAGGCUCCUAAGGCCCCAAGACCAACCUAUGGCGCCCCACCAAAGGCUCCUCCCCCAACUUACGCCCCCCCGAAGCCUGCCGCCAAGCCCGAGCCCGUAUACGUCCCAGCACCCAAGGCCUACCACAAGCCCCCGAUCAUCAUCUACCAGGGCGUGAGGCCUCCCGUGCACGUCUACCAGCAGCCUAGCAAGGGAUCAAGUUCAGGAGGACACUCUGCACCAUCCGGCGGAUACGGCGCUCCUCAAGCGGUUCCCUCAGCCUAUGGCGCUCCAAAGGGAGAAGAUAUCAUCGCACCAAAGGGCUCAGAUUCCUACUCCUCUGGCAGCGCCCCCGCGCCUGCAGUUAAGGCCGCUCCCGCCGCAGUAUCAACUUCCAGUUAUGCUGCCAAAAGCGAUACCGUUGAUGAAGUAGAGAGUGACUGGGAACCUUCUGUUGGAUACUCUGCCUAUACAGACGCGUCGCUUUCCGUAGAAGCCAGUCAGCCACAGAAAAAGGUGGAGAAAAAUGUAUCUGCUGAAGUGAGCGAGGCCAAGGUGUCCACCUCCGUAUCUGUGUCAGCAUCUGCGUGAGCAGUGCCUGGUUGAUCUUGAGACAUCUCUUAUGAUAUUUUCACAGCACACACUGUUAAGUAUUUAACUGUAUUGUGUUGAUUUGGAAUCAUGAUUCAUCUGCGUUGUUUCAAGUGAUAUCAGAUAAUGUUUAGAAGUAUUGCAUAAUACACUAUUGCAUUUCGCAACACCAUGCAAUGAGAGGAGGUAUUAAGCAAUGCUAUUCGGAGUGUCUGGGCACUGGUGAAUACUGCUUGAAUACAUAUGGUUUCAUGCAGUAUUUGGCAGUGCUAAGUGUACUUUAGGUUAUUUAUUGUUAUGCUCAGCAAGGGCAUCGCCCUCUCCCAGGGUGUUUUGUGAUGUGUGUGAGAGCGAAUGAUGCAGCUCACCAACCCUCAUUUUGUGUGUGAACGGCUGCUGUUGUUAUUACUGUAUCUCUUCGUAAAUUAGCCAAGAUGUUUUCCGUACAAAUUCUUCAAAUUGCAAGGAUAUUUUUUUUUCUAAUUUGUUUUUGACAUUUUGACGUUGUUAUUUAUUAUUCUGUAUAUAGUUGGGCUGAUACCACAACUGGCGGGCCUCAUCUCAUACAUGCUUUAACUUGUUAUAUUUAUUGCUCUGCGACCCUGGCCCAAAAGGAUCUGAGAAAAAGAGUUUAGGGAGUUACACACAUGCAGUUACAUGUCUAAGGCCAGUACAGACAUUUCUAUAAACCCAGCUUUUAUUCUUCAGGCCAGUAAUAAACUCAUUCACCAUCUUAUGGCAACCGCAUCAGAAUAUAUACUUCCAAAAUGAUAGUUCAGAAACACAGACGGCUUUAUAGGUACCAUUUUUUUCUUCUUCAUUCAACCACUUACCCAGCGUAAACCAAAGCAAUCUGCUACGGCUGAAAAUCCCUUGUUAAUGCAAAAAAGGUUAGCUUAGCAGGUAUAAACAACAAUCUCUUUUUCACAUUCAUCCCGAAGGAACUCAUUACAACUCUAGGGCCACUGGUACUAAAUGGUUAUUAUUACCAGUAUCUGCAUCACGUCUGAAGAGUAUCAAGUAGUAUCCGUUGGAAUUCGGACGUGAUGAGCAGCAACGGGUCUGACCAUAGUUCUCACCGUCACCGACAGGCGUUGUAUCAAUCCAUUCCCCCGUCAGGUGGGGUCAACACUACAUGGAGGCCGCUGGCGGAACCUCAAGUCUCGUGUAACAUAAGUAAUAUUUUUUAUGCCUCUGAAUAGGUAAUUUUUAAUAUUUAUGAUUUUGAUGACUAAUUAAAUGCUGUUCAAUAAAAACAA